AUGGGACCGAGGACGAAGGGAGCUCGGUCACGGUUGUCGGCGCUCCAGCCCCUUGCCAUCCGACCGGCCCUGAGCACCGAUAUCCGUUUCAGCAUCCGCCAAAAACACCCCAGACUCAGUGGACACUCAUCCCGCAUUCGCCUGGAUCUGAACUGGAAGCCCCGAGAGCCUGGGUUUUGGGAAAAAGACUAUUUUCCCCGAUACGAGUCAGAAGAACGGGUCCUCAUUCAGCAACUCUCAUAUAUCAAACGGACAGCCCUCGCUCCUUCCACAGCUUCAUUCACUUUCACAGUAACACUCUCAGUAUCACAAUUUAACUUCGGCUUUGAUCAGCAAGGGUUUGCUGCAACCCAAGCCAUGGACGCUUUUGACCGACAAUUUGGAAAAUACAAUUCGAAGAAAGGCACCUAUGAACUACCCACUGUGUGGUUGUCGCUCUUCAAUGGACUUAACUAUAUUGGCUUCGGCGGUGGAAUUAUUAUCGGAAGCUUCGUCAGCAAGCACUUUGGCAGGCGUAUGUGCAUGUUCACAAUGAGCUGUUGGGCCAUUGUUGCGGCGACUAUCAUCAUUACUUCUAAGAAUCGGGAUCAAAUUCUUGCCGCACGCGUGCUAAAUUAUAUCUAUAUCGGCAUGGAGCUCUCGGUUGUGCCUAUUUUCCAGUCUGAAAUCACUCCUCAAAAAGCCCGUGGAUUUGUGGUGGGAACGUAUCAAAUCAGUCUAGUGGUGAGUCUUGUCAUCAACAGUGUCGCCCGCGGAACUGGCUCUAUGGAGAACAAUGCUGCGUGGCGCAUUCCAUUUGGCCUUUUCUACAUCAUACCAUCCUGUGUGGCCGCCUGUAUUUGGUUUGUGCCAGAGUCUCCUCGAUGGCUUAUUAUGAAAGAUCGCCCCGAACAAGCCAUGCAAACUCUGCGGAAGCUCCGAAGAGGUAAAUUCUCCGAUGACGAAAUUGCUGCCGAGUUCCAGAUGAUCCUUGCCGGUAUCAACCAGGAACAUGAAAAAGGCACGUUCGUCGACAUGUUCCGUGGGGUCAACUUGAAGCGGACAUUCAUUGUCCUGGGCUGCAACUUCUUCCUUCAAUCGACUGGUUCCAUCUUUGUUUCGGUCUAUGGGGCUAUCUUUGUGAAGUCAUUGGGUACAAUCAACCCUUUUACCAUUACUUGUACUACGGCAGCGGUGAACUUUUGGGUUGGCAUCCUCGCCAUGGCGUUGGUGGAUAAACUUGGGAGACGCAUCAUGUUACUCAUCGGAGCCUCCAUUCAGUGUGCAGCAUUGAUGAUCAUGGGUGCUCUAGGGACGGUCCACAACCCUGGCCAUGACAUCAAAUCAGGCAUUAUUGCGAUGAUGAUCAUCUUCGCUUCAGGGUAUUCUCUGGGUUGGGCUCCAAUUGUACACACACUGAGUGCAGAGCUUCCAAGCUCGAAACUGAGAGACAUGACGUACAGAACCGCAUCUGUGCUAAACAUCUGCACACAGUUUGCUGUUUCAUUCUCCAUACCAUAUCUCCUCAAUGCGCCGUAUGCAAAUCUUGGUUCCAAAGUCGGGUUUAUUUUUGGCAGCAUGGCAUUAAUCUCCAUUGUUUUUGCCUUCUUUUGCGUGCCUGAGUGUCGCGGCCGCUCUCUGGAAGAAAUCGACCUCCUUUUCGAAUCGGGAACUAGGAUGCGCGACUUUGUGACUGCCAAGGUAGACCUCCAAGCCGAUGCAAGGGAGAACUUGGAAUUGAAGGCGGGCGUCGUUGCUCAUGUUGAGCAAUCCGUAGUUCCCAAGAUAUGA